CCCCCCCCCCCCCCCCCCAAACACCAGGAGGAAUCGGCAAGAGGAAAAGAGCCAGUCUUAGUAUGUUAUUGUAGAAAUUGACUCUACGCUGGCAAGUCCCCUCCGUGUUAAUGUAAUGGAAACACGCUUUGGUCACCCCCGGUCGCAUCUGAAAUGCCUGAGCGGAAAUAUAUCAGCAACUCCCAUGGCUAAUUGUAUCAAGCGGCGGUGGCUUGAGUUCGCCAGUGGAUGCACUCAAGAACCGGGUGCCCUGCCAUGCCCAGCGCCAUGCUAAAGCAACACACUCAUAAUAACAAGGAGCACUCAGUUCAACCAGUGGGAAAGCUGUGGAAAAAGUUGGUGGAAAAUCUAUGGUUUGAGCCUCAGUUUUGAUUUCCAUUUUUUAUUUUGACCCAGAUUUUUCUGUGUCGCGUCAUAGCUCGGCUGCUUUCCCUGCCAUCUGCAGCGGCUCUGCUUCCUCCUUCACUCCUGCGUCUCCUUAACGUCAACGCCACGGACCGCUAGACUGCAACCUGCUUUCUGAGAGGCACAUUUUUUUUCAGCCGUCAACAUGGAUGUUCGAAUUUACCGCCGACCUUUGUUGGAGUUGAAAAUGUGAGGGUCGGAGCGCAGGGACCCCUAUGAAGAGGAGGAAUAGGUGGAACAGCAGCACCAGAUCAAAAUGGCCCAAACCAGUUUGCUGCAGGGGAAGCGCUUUUACUGCCGGGAGUGGGUCUUCCACAAGAUCCAGCAUUGCCUCCAGGAGAAAACCAACAGCCUCAGCGGAGUGACCAGCACUCCCAGUAAGCAGCCGCCGCUGACGCCCGGCGGGGGUGCGUCCAACCCCGGCACCCUGACAGCGGGAUCCACCAAGUCGGGUAGCUCCUGGGGAGUGUUGCUGGUGGGGGGGCCGGGAAGCGGGAAAACCGCACUGUGCACGGAGCUGCUGUGGCCCGCGUCAGCCCAGGGAACGCACCGGGGCCUGCAGCAGCAGGGCCUGGCGUUCCACUUCUGCCGGGCAGACGACUCGGACACGCUGUGCGUCGGCGGGUUCAUCCGAGGUCUGGUGGCUCAGAUCUGCCGCAGCGGGCUGGUGCCGGGAUACGAGGAGAAGGUGCGCGACCCGGCUGUGCAGAGCACUUUACAGCCCGGAGAGUGUGAGAGGAACCCCACGGAGGCUUUCAAGAGAUGCGUCCUCUUGCCUCUGCUGAGUGUUAAGCCUCCUCAGCAGUCUCUCUUCCUGCUGGUGGACUCCAUCGACGAAGGCUGUCAGCCGGGCGAGGGGGAGCAGAGGUCCUCCGUCGGCUCCCCCAGGACCAUCGCCGAGCUCCUGGCCAGUCACCACGAGUUCCUGCCUCCCUGGCUGCUGCUCAUCUGCUCUGCCCGACGGCAGAAUAAGGCCAUCACUAAGCUCUUCACAGGAUUCCGCAAAAUCAGCCUCGAUGAUCUGCGCAAGGCCUACAUCGUCAAGGAUGUGCAACAGUACAUCCUCCACAGGCUGGACCAGGAGGAGGCCCUGAGGCAGCACCUGACCAAGGAGACAGCCGAGAUGCUCAACCAACUCCACAUCAAGAGCAGUGGCUGCUUCCUCUACCUGGAGCGUGUGCUGGAUGGCGUGGUGGAGAACUUUAUCAUGCUUCGCGAGAUCCGUGACAUCCCUGGCACCCUCAAUGGCCUCUACCUGUGGCUCUGCCAGAGACUAUUUGUCAGAAAACAGUUUGCCAAAGUCCAGCCAAUCCUUAAUGUCAUCCUGGCAACGUGCAGGACGCUUACGGUCAAGGAACUGUACCAUGCAGUCUGGACCAAAAACAUGACACUGACUAUGGAAGAGUUUCAGAAAAAGAUGGACAUUCUCUCCAAGUUGUUGGUCGAUGGCCUUGGGAGUACUAAAAUCCUAUUUCACUACAGUUUUGCAGAGUGGCUACUAGAUGUCAAGCAUUGCACCCAGAAGUACUUGUGCAAUGCAGCAGAGGGACAUAGGAUGUUGGCGAUGAGUUUUACUUGCCGGGCAAAGCAGCUCAAACCACUCGAAGUGCAGGAAUUUGCACUGCACCUUGUCAGUUCCAAUCUGCAGAUUGAGCCAUUUAAUCUGGCUCUUUGGAUGGUUUGGAAUGGAACUCCUGCUAAAGACUCUCUGACCACCUCCAUACCAAGAGAACAGGAGGUCCUGCAACUUCUGGUCAAAGCUGGAGCUCAUGUAAACAAUGAGGACGACCACGCGUCGUGUAUUGUACAACAGGCUCUGGAAAGAGAGGACUCAAUAAGGACAUUGCUAGACAACGGGGCAUCUGUGAACCAGUGUGACUCCAGUGGGAGAACUCUGCUGGCCAACGCUGCAUACAGUGGAAACCUUGACGUGGUCAACUUGCUCAUAUCUAGAGGGGCAAACAUGGAGCUAGAAGACAACCAUGGACAAACGGCACUUACUCUUGCUGCAAGGCAGGGCCACACCAAAGUGGUCAACUGUUUAAUUGGUUGUGAGGCCAACAUAAACCACACAGAUCAUGAUGGAUGGACAUCCCUGCGCUCAGCAGCUUGGGGUGGACAUUCAGAGGUAGUAUCUGCUCUGCUCUAUGCCGGUGCCAAAGUGGACUGUGCUGAUGCUGAUGGUAGAACUGCUCUGAGAGCUGCUGCUUGGGGAGGUCAUGAAGACAUCGUGUUGAACCUCCUUCAGCAUGGGGCUGAGGUCAACAAGGCAGACAAUGAAGGAAGAACAGCGCUCAUCGCCGCAGCAUACAUGGGACACAGAGAGAUCGUUGAGCACCUCUUGGACCACGGGGCCGAAGUUAAUCAUGAAGAUGUGGAUGGAAGGACUGCCCUCUCAGUCGCUGCUCUCUGUGUCCCUGCAAGUAAAGGCCAUGCUUCUGUCGUGAGCCUUCUGAUUGAAAGGGGAGCAGAGGUGGACCACUGUGAUAAAGACUGCAUGACUCCUCUCCUUGUGGCUGGCUAUGAAGGACAUGUCGAUGUAGUUGAUCUGCUUUUGGAAGGCGGGGCUGACGUGGAUCACACGGACAACAAUGGUCGCACGCCUCUUCUUGCUGCUGCAUCAAUGGGCCAUGCCUCUGUUGUCAACACACUACUCUUUUGGGGGGCUGCUGUUGAUAGCAUCGACAGUGAGGGAAGGACUGUGCUGAGCAUUGCAUCUGCUCAGGGUAACGUAGAGGUGGUCAGAACUCUGCUGGACAGAGGUCUGGACGAGAACCACAGGGACGAUGCAGGCUGGACCCCGCUACACAUGGCUUCUUUUGAGGGCCACCGCCAAGUGUGCGACGCCCUUAUCGAGCAAGGUGCUCGUUGUACAGAGGUUGAUAAUGAUGGGAGAAUACCGCUGAUAUUGUCUGCACAAGAAGGACAUUAUGACUGUGUGCAAAUUCUUCUGGAAAACAAGUCGUGCAUUGACGAGAGGGGAUAUGAUGGGAGGAAUUCUCUCAGGGUGGCUGCACUGGAAGGCCACAGGGACAUUGUUGAGCUGCUGCUGAGCCACGGUGCUGAUAUAGAUUGCAAAGACGCAGACGGACGCCCAACACUCUACAUAUUGGCACUUGAAAAUCAGCUGGCUAUGGCAGAAUAUUUUCUUGAAAACGGAGCGAAUGUGGAAGCUUGUGACACCGAGGGCAGAACUGCCCUCCACGUGUCCUGCUGGCAAGGGCAUGUUGAAAUGGUGAGGCUGCUGAUUAACUAUCAUGCUGAUGUGAAUGCCUGUGACAAUGAGAAGCGAUCUGCCCUCCAGUCUGCUGCGUGGCAAGGCCACACGAAAGUUGUGCAGUUUCUGAUUGAGAACGGCACUCAUGUGGAUCAUACGUGUAACCAGGGAGCAACAGCACUAGGCAUAGCUGCACAAGAGGGUCACAUCGAUGUUGUGCAAAUACUUCUUGAAAACGGUGCUGACCCCAACCACGCUGAUCAGUUUGGACGCACAGCAAUGCGAGUGGCUGCAAAAGGUGGCCAUUCAAUGAUCAUAAAGCUUCUGGAAAAGUAUGGGGGUACAACUUUAAAUGGCUGCAAUCCCUCCCCAGUACACACCAUGGAAGGGAAAAACCCAUUGACUGUGACUGGUAAAAUGCAGUCCCUCACCAUUAAAUCCAGUAGCUCUGGCAGCACCGGUGCAGGAGAUAUGCAGUCGUCUGGACGUGGUCUACCCAACGGACCCGUCCAUGCUUUCAGUUCACCGUCAGAAUCUCCUGAUUCAACAGUUGACAGACAGAAGUCCUCCCUUUCAAAUAAUUCCCUCAAGAGUUCAAAGAACUCCUCCUUGAGAACCACAUCAUCCACAGCCACAGCCCAGACUGUGCCCAUCGACAGCUUCCACGGACUGACAUUCACAGAACAAAUCCAGCAGCACUCAUUGCCUCGCAGCCGGAGCAGACAGUCUAUUGUGUCCCCCUCCUCCACGACCAAGUCUAUCAGUCAGCAGCCAUCAUCUCCAUCCAAUGACUUUGACUGGACUCUGUUAAAAUCUGGUCUCAAGUCAUCAAAGGGAAGUAAGACCGGAAAUGGGACAUCAAAUAGUAAAGGAGCUCUGGGAGACAAGAAGAAAGUCAAGAACAGCGGAUCAACCCACGGUCAAGUUCUGGAGUACGAGAUGACACAGUUUGACAAGAGGGUUGCUCUCAACAAAUCAGUAGCGAACAUUUCAGUGAAGGAUCCCCAUUGCAAGAUUGUGAUUGGUGGUUCAAUUCGGCAGGAAAUGGGGCAAAGCCAAGAGCAAUUCUUCAUCCAGCAGCAGAGCCUUGCUGAGAAGAAGAGGAAUGGCAUCAUGACCAACCCCAACUAUCAUCUACAGGGUAAUCAGGUUUUCCUGAGUAGGGUAUCAGUUCCUCGGACUGGACAGAACAGAGGCCACCAGGAUGUGCUGGAGAACUAUCCCAUAGGGGAAACAGAGCUAAGCCUUAAACAAGCCCUCAAACUGCAGAUUGAAGGAUCAGACCCUGGGUUUAACUACAAAAAGGAGACUCCAUUAUAGCUGGUAAGAGAUGCGUUUCAAAACAGUCCUCCAGUGUGUGCUCUUGUUGAAAUGCAUCAAGCAUUUGUCUGAAAGUUGAAAUUAAGGUCAGGGUGACGGCACGUUAACUUACAGUGGCUAAUAACUGACUGCGCUCAACACAAAUGUCAUUAGUUGGAUUUAGUCAGACUUGCAUGAAGAAUGCCUCAAUCUGGAUGAGUAGACUGUUUUUCCUCCCAAACAAAACAUUAACCCAAAGUAUUCCUGUUUCAGAUGUCUUGAAUGCUAUUCGUCGUGCAGACAGUGGAGGGAAUGUGCCAAAGCAACUGAUUUCAUCUGCAUACAAAUGACUAGAUUUCAUCAGUGGGAGACCUCAAAAUCAUACCUAGGGACGAUUGUUGAUUGCUGCCUAAGGCUUAUGUGAACUGAUACAUCGAUGUGCCUACAUCUGUUACAGCCUCCUUCAUGUAUUCAUGCAAACUAUCAUUUUAAUUUAAUGUUAUGCUAUUUAAUAAACGGUGUAUGCACUUUUAAAAGAGUAAAAUGACAGACAUGCAUUUGUUCUAUUCACUUUGUAUCCCAUCCAUGUUUCAGUCAUUGUUUGAGAGAAACAUACCAAUGCCUUUUUUAUUAUUUUAUAUUAUGUUUGUUCUGUCUACUUCUUCACACUGACAGCAAUGUACCACUGAGUACAUUGUCACAAGACCAGAGGACAUAACAGUAACUGACGGUAUGAAUUCAAGCGCAUUGAUAGUCUGCCUUUCUAGAGACCCCAAAUAAUCUGUGUUAACCUUGGAUCAAUGUGCUCAGCCUAUGUUGUGUGUAACAUGUUAAUAGCUAUGGCAAUUUACUUCACGAGUAUAUACAAGCAUAUUUAUUUUUGGAAAAAGCCACUGUUGCUGCAUUUUCUGUUGCAUUACGCUCUACCAUGGUGCUGUGUUCAGAAGUUGCCUGCAGUUAUUUUGGACUUCCAAUUUUGUUGGUUUUGUGCAUUUGUGUAUUAUAAAUAUCCAAGAAAGAGGGAGGUUCGUUGAAAAUGUAAAAAAAAGUUCAUUUUGUCCCUAUGGGAUUUCUCAGUUGCUUGUGUUAUUAUUUUGUGUGUUCAUAUCAUGUCAACUAUUUAAAUAACCCAUUGUGUACCGUCAGCAAAAGUUUGGUGCUAAAUGUAGCAAUUUCAAGUCUAAGCAGCAAUUUAAAAAAAAUGCAUCUGUCCGCAGAGUUACAUGUAUAACCUCCUGCAAUGCAAGAAACAAAACCCAAGCUUUGUUUCCUUCUGGUCAUGUGGUUCAUUUCCAGUGAUUCCUGCUGGGUUUGUCAGUGGCAUGGCACAAUACGGCUCAUAGCUGUGAAUGAUGUUUGAAAUGCAGAGUUGUGAAGCCAAAGUUGAAACAACAUGACUCUGUCCCACCUCCUCCCUGUGAGAAGCUGACUCUCGGCUCAACAGGACUUAACCCCGCGGGAGACGGAGGGGAGGAGGUGCUCGACUGUGACGCUGAGGGAACUGAAACAUCUGUUUUUCAUGAGCUGUGUGGAGCUGUGUUAGCGUUUGCAGGCUGUGUCAUAUUUUGCAGGCUUUUCAUAUUGUCAACAGUGAGCUAUUUUUUGCCGAGAACUGGGAUCGGGGGGAGUAGAAACCUAUCGCAUGCACAAACACUUCUAAGCCCCAGCGAAAGCUCUCAGCUCUUCAGUGCAACAAUAGCUCAAACGUAUGCCGUGAAGGGUCAACAGAAGGAUCCAUGGCAGGAUCGGGUCUAGGAACAGUGUUGGGAAACAUACUGUACAGUCUUAUUGAGCAGUUAUCUCGUUUGCUUGACUGUGUUUUGUCUCAUCUUUGAUUCGACUGUCAGUGAUUGGAUUGUAAAUAGCUUAACAUGUACAUUCAACUUUCAUUUUAAAAUAAUUCCUGUAUUAUAUGAAGUGGAAUUUUCUGAUGUAUAUUAAAGUGCUUAAUAAACAUAUUUGCUUUACUGCUGAAAAA